AUGGUCGUCGCCGCGCUCCCUGCCAACCUAUGCGACUCCGUGCAAGCUCCGCCGACCGCAGGCCCGGCAGUCGGCGUCCUCGCGCUGCAGGGCGGCUACCACGAGCACGCCGUCAUGCUCUCCCGACUCGGCUGCCGCGUGAGCGAGGUCCGGCAGGAGCGCGCUGGGCCAGAGCGGUCGCAAGCGGCGCCCGGUUCUCGCGUCGCAACGCUCGCUCCUCCGCUGUCGCAGGUGCCUCACCUCGAGGGUCUCGACGGCCUCGUCAUCCCGGGCGGCGAGAGCACGACGAUGGGCCACCUCGCCGAGCGGCUCGCGCUGCUCGAGCCGCUGCGCGCCUUCGUGGCGAGCGGGAGGCCGGUGCUCGGCACCUGCGCCGGCCUCAUCUUCCUCGCGGAUGAGGUCGUCGGCCAGAAGCAGGGCGGGCAGAAACUCGUCGGCGGAAUGGACCUGACGGUCGACUCGUUCGAGACCACGCUCGAGGCGGCCGACGUCGCGCCUGCCCGCCGCGUGCCGGCCGUCUUCAUCCGCGCGCCCGCCAUCCUGCGGACUGGAGGCGCGGUGAAGGUGCUCGCGCGCGUCCCGGUCGAGGGGAGGGAGGAUGCGCCCGUCGCCGUGCAGGACGGCAACUUGCUCGGCAUCGCCUUUCACCCCGAGCUCACCGCCGACGACUGCUGGCACGCCUACUUUGUGUCGCUGGUCAGGAAGGCCAGUCAUAGCCGCGUGAGCCGUGAGUUCGAAACGGAUAAAACAGUCGUCAGUCCCAAGUGCGUCCAUAAAAACCAACCUCGAGACCUCGAGAGCUUCGAGAAGCAGUGGUGCCUUUACCGCGGGACCUACGCCCGCCUCCUCUCGAUCGACUGCACCUCCGUAUCGACCAGCGAGCCUCGCAGGCCAGCCGUCGCCACCAACGUGUGGCACAUGAGCGACAUUAUCGGCGUCCACGACGGCGGGUGCUCGUCUCGGUGGCUGCAGCUGCUGCUGCCGCGGCGCUGCUGCGGCGUCGGCCCCGAGGCGCGGCUCCACAUACGAGCCGCCUCGCUGGAGCAGAAGGCUGCGCUUCUGGACGCCCUGCGCACAGCCGUCUCCUCGAGAGCGUCGCCCAACCGCUCGCCGCCGGCAGCCGCAGCCCCGUCGCCGCCCCCGACCGAGCGGUUUGGCCGACUCGCCGCCCGGUCGGCGAGCCUUCCGUCCAAGGACGGCGUCGAGGGGUGGGACGUGAUCCCCGCGCGUGCGGGCGAGAAGACGGUGGCACACACCACCUCGGAGCUGCAGGAGUGGCUGCGGCGGGAGCGGAAGAAUCGGCUCUUCAACGAGGCGAACGCGCGAGCCGCGCUCCGCGCCGGCCCAAGCGGCCAUGGUGCCGGCCCGUGCAUAGCCUAG